UCCUCCUAGGAGAGAUAACCAGCUCUACAGUCUCACCGGUCUCUUCCUCUCUGUGCCUCUCCGCUCGAAGCCUCGCAUACACCUGGAAGACUCCACUCUUGUAGCCAGGCCAGAGGGACCUGCACUGAGAGGAUUAUUAGCUCAGGAAACACAGACUCUUGUGAAGGUACGCACAGCGUGAGCUACUAUGGCGAGUUACGUCACACAGAUUUCCAGAGAGGACCUGGAGGAUCUCCGAGAGGCCUUUAACAAAAUCGACAUUGAUAACAGCGGCUAUGUGAGCGACUACGAGCUUCAUGAGCUGUUCAAAGAGGUCAGGUUCAGCUUGCCCGGAUACAAGGUGCGGGAGAUCAUGGAGACCUUCAUAUCCGGGGACACGAACAAAGACGAGAAGAUCAGCUUCGAGGAGUUCGUUUCUAUCUACCAAGAGCUGAAGAGCAAGCAGCUCAGUGAGACCUUCAGGAAGUCAAUCACGAGGAAGGAUGGGAUCCGUUCGUUUGGAGGGAUGUCAAGAAAAUCCAGCGAGGGAACCCAGCACUCCUACUCUGAUGAGGAGAAAGUGGCUUUCGUUAACUGGAUCAACAAAGCUUUGGCGAAAGAUCCAGACUGCCAACACCUGCUGCCCAUGAACCCUGACAAUGAGAGCCUCUUCACCUCUGUCCGUGACGGCAUCCUGCUAUGUAAAAUGAUCAACCUGUCUCAGCCUGACACGAUUGACGAAAGGGUCAUCAACACCAAGAAGCUUACCACCUUCAAAAUGACAGAGAAUCUCGUGCUGGCCCUGAACUCAGCCUCAGCAAUCGGCUGCACAGUGGUGAGCAUUGACGCCCAUGAUCUGAUGGCUGGGAAACCCCACCUGGUCCUGGGACUGUACUGGCAAAUCAUCAAGGUUGGCCUGUUUGCUGAUAUAGAAAUCAGCAGGAACGAAGGUCUGAUCGCCCUUCUGCUGGAUGGAGAAGAGCUGGAGCAUCUGAUGUCUCUGUCCCCUGAGGAGCUGCUCCUCCGCUGGGUCAACUAUCACCUACGCAACGCCGGGACGAAACCCAUCACCAAUUUCACCGAAGACAUCAAGGACUCGCGGGCGUACUUCUACCUGCUGCGCCAGAUCGCUCACGAGGAAUCGAAGGAGUCGAAAACUUCCAUCAACAUCGACUUGGACGGCCUCAACGAGAGAAACCUGGAGCGAAGGGCCGAGCUGAUGCUGCAGCAGGCGGCCAAGAUGGACUGCAGGCAGUUUGUUACUCCUCGCGACGUCACAAACGGAAUCCUCAAGCUGAACCUGGCGUUCGUGGCCAACCUGUUCAACAUGCAUUCUGGCCUGCAAGGGGCCCAGUACAACGGAGGCCUUGAGAUGGCGCACAUAGAGCCUGAGACCCACGAAGAGAAAAUAUAUCGCAACUGGAUGAACUCCCUUGGUGUCUCUCCACAUGUCAACCACCUUUACCGCGACCUGUGUGACGGCCUGGUGAUUCUGCAGCUCUACGAACGUGUCAAAGUGCGCGUGGACUGGAAGAAAGUCACCAGACCUCCAUAUCCCCUCCUGGGCGCCAACAUGAAGAAGCUUGAGAACUGUAACUACGCAGUGGAGCUGGGCAGGAAUGUGGCUCACUUCUCUCUGGUCGGCAUUGGAGGAGAAAACAUAAACCAAGGGAGCUCCUUGCACACCCUGGCUCUGCUCUGGCAGCUCAUGAGGAGGUACACGGUUAUGGUUCUGUCACAGCUGGGAGACGGAGAGAAGGUUGGAGAUCAAGUCAUCCUGGACUGGGUCAACUCCACGCUGACCCAGAAAAAGAAGAAAACGCAGAUCACCAGCUUCAGGGACAAACUGAUCAGCACUGCUCUGCCAGUGAUCGACCUGAUCGACGUCAUCGCUCCCGGCACAGUGAAGUGGGACAUGGUGAAGAUGGUAGAAAAGAAAGAGCUGGAUGAAGAAGAUAAACUCAACAACGCCAAGUACGCCAUCUCAUUGGCCCGUAAGAUCGGAGCUCGUGUGUACGCGCUGCCCGAUGACUUGGUGGAGGUGAAUCCCAAGAUGGUGAUGACGGUGUUUGCCUGCCUCAUGGGCCACGGUUUAAAAAAGUCCGUCCGCUGAAACAGACAUGAACAAGCCUGCAAGGGGGGACAAGGGGGAUAAAAAAAAAAAAAGGCACACAAUAUACAUUUUAUUUCUUUUAUUUCAUCCUGCCUUCAUCAUGGUAAUAUUUUGACCUUAUUGUGAUAAACAGCCACAAGGCAAUUCUCUGUUAAUCUUGAAAGCAGUACACCUUUUCGUAAAGAUGGGACUCUUUUCCCACCAGCAAAGUCAAUGCAUUUAUCUCUCCAUGAUUUCUCACAACGAGCUCUUAAUUUGUCUUUGAUUUAUCAUAUUUGAUAGGAAACUACUAAAAUUCUGUUUACUCCUUCGACACCAUGAGCAGGAGAUGCUCCAGAAGGAAAAGCUGAAUCAACUGUUCUUCCUCUUCAUGUCUGUACGUGUUAUGCGUUAAAUGUUGCUAUUAAAUUAUUGAUUAAAUGUUCUGAACAUCGUG